AUGUAUGUUUCUGGUGAUGGUGUUCAAUGUAACGAGUUGAUGAAUUUUGGUGGUCAUUGUUCAACAUAUGGCUGCAGGUUUUGUUUGACAAAGGGAAAGCAUAGAGGCGAUGUAAAAAACAAAGACGGGAUUGCAAAUAACGACUACAACAUUAAUCUUCCUAGUGUUUUUGGUGAUCUAGUCUCUUUUACGUCGGUUGCUUUUCAUCCAAUUGAUGAGAUGCAUCUGUUUUCUAACAUCGCCAAAGAUGUUUUUUCCAUGCUUUCUCCAAAGUACAACCUUCAUUUCAAAUACUGUGGAAAGGAAACAGAUUAUCCAUUUGAAUUGUCUAAUACCUCGUUCACAGCCAUCAAAAAGAGCAUGGAAGGAUCUAGACAACUCAUACCAGCAUCUUGUUUCAAAGGUAGUUGGUUGGCGAUGGAGCCUAACAAUGUCAAGGCACUUUAUCGUUCUGCUGAGUGGCUGGAUUGGCUGCUUUAUUGUGUACCAACCCUGAUUGUAUCACAGUUUGAUGACACUGUUGUGAUUGACGGAUUCCUUAACCUAGUACGAGGCAUAUCAUUAUCGUUACAGUUCCGAAUCACCGAAGAUGAUAUCAAGCAAAUAGACAAGUCCUUCAAUCAUUGGUUCCAAUUUAUUGACAAGCUGAUAAGCGAAAAGUGUAUAUCCAACUGUAUUUACAAAGUCAACAUGCACCAACUUAACCACAUCACAUUUAUUAUAAAAAAAUGUUCUAUUCUUCGUUGUGUGUCUGUCAGAUCCAUGGAAAGAGAAAUAGGAGCUUACAAAAAAAAAAUGAGAUCAAGAGUCAAUGCUGGUGAAAAUGCCAACAACAUUAUGGAACGAACGGCUCUUUUUUCUUUCAUGCGAAAUACAAAGAUGGUGAACUUUGAUCCAACUCCCCCGAAACUAGAAACCGACUUCGUAGAACAUCCUUCUGGUAAUGUGGACUUUGGUCAGUUAUGGGCUCCAUUUUAUCAAGAAUUUGAAUUGACUGGCAAUGCCGAUAAUGAUUGCCUUAUUGCUGGUGAUCUCCUGACUAUGAAAUCGUUUGUCAGCGCUUUAAAAUCGUACAAAAAACGUUUUUUUAGUUUACCAGAGCCUAUUCAUCGAAUCCAAAUCAAUGUGGAAUCUAUUCUUCCCGCUGGUAAGCUUUGGCAAGAUUCACACGUAUAUUCCGCUGCCAUCUUUAAACAAGGGUUAUCAAAGUCCAUUGCAAAACGUGGUGGUGAGCAUGUUCUGUUCCAUUCGAAUCACCAGACAAGAAGAAUUUCACAGGUGACUAACUGGUAUGUGGGUAGGCUGUUAUUCUUUUUUGAAUACGCAUUUGAUGAAACAUCCAGUUUUUACGCAGUACUUGAAGUCAUGAAGAGACAUUCCGCUGCCUCGCAUAGCCCUUGCAUUCCAACUGUUGUACCCUACGAAAAUAACGAAGAAAAAAAAAUAGUUGUUAUUAACAUUGCGGACAUUGUGACAGUUGUGGGAUUGCUGAAAAUGGUGACACAUUCAGUGAAUGGAAAGAAAGUAACAUACCAAGAUUCUAGUUCUCUAUUUGUCAUUUCACCUUCUACUAGCUUUGAUGAGGACAUGAAGAAAACAGCAGGAAAAAUAUCCAACCUUUGCUAA